AGCGAUACCCCUCUUCAGAUGACUCCUAACCGGGACGGACUUACCGUACAGGAGCUCGCACCUAUGGAUAGAGGUAUCCGCGCUUGGACGUUUUGCUUCUGUUCGUUUCUACUGGAGACAAUGAUAUGGGGAUUCUGCUUCAGCUACGGUAUCUUCCAAAACUACUACACAACUCAUCCCCCGUUCAACUCCUCGUCUAGAAUGGCCAUUGCUGCGGUAGGGACCAUCGCGAUCGGUUUGCAGUACAUAGAGAUGUUCCAGAUUGCUUGCGUGUACGGUCGCUAUCCCGAUUAUAUGAACCGGGGAAUGUGGAUCGGUCUCGCCUUAUACUUUCUGCCCAUCUUUGGCGCAAGGUUCGCGACCAGGGUGUCACAACUCAUCCUGCUGCAAGGAGUCGUAUUCGGAAUCAGCGGCGGGCUGUUGUAUGUGCCCAUACUCAAACUGAUCCCCGAGUAUUUUUCGGAGCGGAGUGGUCUCGCAUCAGGCAUCAUCUUUGCCGGGGGAGGUGUCGGAGGAUUUUUCUUCGCUUUCAUCCUGAAUGCUUUAUUGGAUCAAGUGGGUCUGCGAUGGACCCUCCGGAUUUGGGCGAUCGGAUCAACCAUAGUCUCGGGUAUCGCGCUGCUUGGCGUACGCCCCCGUCUGCCCGUUCCGACCUACGCUUCUGGCCAAAGACGCCCUCGCUUCAUCCCUCCACAACUGGGUCUUAUGAAGAAUCCUCUGUUUUGGAGCGUCUCCUUAACAAUCGCGCUGCAAGGUCUCUCAUACUUCCCAGUGUUGCUGUACAUCACCAGUUUUACGACGGCGACGUCCACGCCAUUGACCGCCGUCAUCGUCACGUCCAUCUUCAACUCGUCGGCCGUCGGCGGUCAAAUCGUCCUGGGCCAUCUGAGCGAUCGCUACCCAUAUCCGUGGGUUAUGUUCCUGAGCGCGGUCGGAAGCGGAAUCGUCGCCUUCCUUCUCUGGGGUCUAGCAUCUUCCGCUACGCAGCUCUACUUCUUUGCCGUUAUAUUCGGCGCGUUGAGCGACGGCUCCUCCACCUGGGCCAACGCCUCUUUCGAUUGCGCUGGCGGACGACCUGAGCACGCCGGUCUCGCCCUGGGCGGCACGUCCGUCUUCAAGGGUAUCUCCGCCGUCAUCGGUCCCGUCAUCUCUGGGCUACUUCUGGACGCCGGCCGGGGCUCGUCCAUCGGUGGAGUCCUUGGCCAGAAAGGCUACGGCAUGGUGGAGAUUUUCGUCGGAUCGUGUGCGAUUGCGACUGGGGCGGGGAGUAUCCUAGUCGCGUUCAUGAGCCGGAGGGCGAACCACGUCUCGUGAAGGAAGGCAAGCGUGUUAGCCGCUUUUGCCUCCCGCUUGCCUCUGGGCGGCAUUCCUACCGUUGGCACCCACUCGAAGGUAGAAGAUGACCUCGAUAGCAUGGAUAUGACUCCUCUCUGCCAAAACUAGAAGCAAAACGUGAUAGGCGU